AUGGCCGCAUUCUAUGAACCACCACCACCUUAUCUCCCACACGAUCCGGCAACUCCCGCAGCGACAUCGGCGAGUACAAGAUUGAACCCCGUCAUAUUCCACAUCGGGUUCUUAGAGCGCGAAUACCGCAUAACAUCUGAGCACGACAACGAGCUCGGAAUAAAGGUCCAACCACAUGAAUGGAGUCUCAAACCAGAUUUGAUCUUCUACCGCGGCAAAGAACCAACCAAAAAGACGGAACUCGCUUCCUGUGAAUUCAGAGAAAAGACAUGUUCUGUAGAUAUGGCCGUUACGAAGGAUUCAUUUGGCGAUAGGUCGACACUUUGGUGGUCGGCUAUGGACCCUGAGACUUCGAUCUUUGAACAGUUCCGUUUCAUGGCAAAAGUACGGAAUGCGAAUCCACUAGGUAUCUCUGGGCUCAGCUUGACGAGUCCUCGGCCUUUUGUUUGGAAAUGUUCCUCCGAUUGGAAAUUGGUGGAUGAGCUUACGGGGAAUGUGGCAGCUAUUGCACACAAUGUGAAUUCGGCUUCAGGCCAACAUGGUUCAUUGGAAAUUUUGAUGACAUAUGGUGAUAAAUUUAGUCUGAUUACUCUGACUUCCUAUCUUACACUCUGUGAGAAGAGGAAAAGAGAUGCAAAGAAGAAUCGACUGUGGUAG